CUAUAUUGAAAAGUGCACAGGGCUGUGCUGGAAGGCCACCGAGGGAUUUUGUAAAGCUAUUCUUCUGGGCGGUUAGCACGGCCCAGAUCACUUGUCAACGUCUAGAUCUACUACAUUAAACUCUCAUAUAGUGCAGAAGGCUUGCGACUGAGCACGGCAGCGAUGGCCGCAGCGGAGGCCACUCCGCUGGAGGCAGCUUUCGAAAAGCUCGCAGCGUGUGUGAAGAACCAACAACACAAGAAGGCGCUUAAAGCUUGCGAUGAGAUCCUGGCGCUGGCGCCUGGCGACGAGGAUGCCCUGCGCUGCAAGGUGGUCGCCCACAUGCAGCUGCAGGAGUUCCAGCCGGCCCUCACGCUGCUCAACAAGCCGCCACUGUCAGCCCUGCCUCUAGGGUUUGAGAAGGCCUACUGCCUCUACCGGCUGGGUCAGAUUGAUGAGGCGCUCUCGGUGGCCGCCGCUGCGCUGGCGGUGCCCGACCUGGAGCCGGCCGCCGCCACGCCGCUGCUGCAGCUGCAGGCCCAGCUGGAGUACCGGCGCGGCCGCAGCAAGGACUGCAUCAACACCUAUGACAAGUUGUUCCAGCAGUACAAGGCCGACUCCCUGGAGCUCAAGACCAACGUGUUGGCCGCCUACGUGGCGGCGGGGCUGUCCGCCGAGCUGCCCGACCUUAUGGCAGCGCUCAAGGUGAAGCCGCGUGACAGCUUCGAGGUGGCGUUCAACCGCUCCUGCGGCCUCGUGGAGGCGGGCCAGCUGGCCAGCGCGGAGGGCGAGCUGCGCAUGGCGCUCAAGAUGGGCCGCGAGACUCUGUUUGAGGAGGACCUGGCUGAGGAGGAGGUGGAGGACGAGCUGGGGCCGCUGUCCUGCCAGCUGGCCUACGUGCUGGGCCGCAUGGGCCGGCCGGCGGAGGCGGCGGAGGUGUACGACAAGCUCAUCCGCGGCACUGCCACGCUGAGCGACGAGGCCACUCGCGCGCUGGCGCACAGCAACGCCGUGGCCGACGCGCCGCACCGCCUGGAGCCGGGGCCGCAGAACCGCAAGUACAUCAACAGCGCCACCAAGCGGCUGGAGGCGCUGCUGGAGCGGCCCGGCGGCGGCAAGGCGGCGGCUGCCGCGGCAGCGGCUGCGGGCGAGGAGGGCGGCGCGGGCGCGGUGGGCGCGCUGGCUGGGCUGCUGGCGCGGCACACGCCGGCAGGCAGCCUACCCAAGUUUGUGGAGGGUCUGGAGAGCCGGCUGGGCGCGGGGCAGAAGCUGCAGCUGCUGCUCAACCUGGGGCUGCUGUAUCAGGUGGGCGGCCGCGCGGACGCGGCCCGGGAGCUGGUGGGCGUGCUGGCCGCCGCUCCGGGCGGCAGUACGGACCCGCACGUGGCGCUGCUGUCCGCGGCGGUGUCGCUGUCGCAGGGCAAGACCGUGGAUGCUGACCGCACGCUGGAGGCCUUCAUCUCCUCCUGCGGCAGUGGCGCCCCGGGCGCGCCGCCCGCCUCCGCCGCCGUGGCGCCCAGCCUCAUGCGCGCGCAGGCGGCGCUGGAGGCGGGCAACACGGCGGCGGCGGCGGCGCUGCUGGCGGGCGUCAGGGACGAGGGCGUGGCGCUGAGCGGCGCCAUGGUGGCCACACGCGUGGCGCUGUACGAGCAGAUGAACGACCCCGCGGGCGCCGAGGCUCUGCUGGACGCGGCGGUGUCGCACUGGAAGGCGCGCUCCGCAGGCGACCCCGCCGCCGCCAGCGGGCUGGGCUGGUGCCUGUCGUGCGCCAUUGGGCUCAAGCUGCGGCUGGGUAAGCUAGAGGAGGCCAAGCAGGCCUUCAAGCAGCUACAGUCCAGUGGCGCCGCCGCCACGGCCGCCGGCGCCGCCACGCUGGCGCGCCUGGCCCGUGCCUGCGCCCUGGCUGACCCCGCCGCCGCCCCUGGCCUCGUGGGCCCGCACGCGACGGCGCCCUCGGCGGCGGUGCUGGGCGGCCUUGACCUGGACGCGCUAGAGGAGGGUGCCGUGGGAGGCCGCGGCGGCAAGGUGGGCGGCAAAGGCCCGGACCUGGCGGCGGGCGAGCUGGCGGCGGCGGCGCGGGCCAAGCGCGCAGGCGACGCCAUGGACGUGGACGCACAGCCCAAGGUGAAGAAGAGCCGCAAGAAGCGGAAGCCGCGCUACCCCGCCGGCUACAACCCCGAGCUGCCCGGCGGCGGCCUGCCGCCCCCCAACCCGGAGCGCUGGCUGCCCAAGUGGGAGCGCGCCGAGUUCAAGAAGAAGCGCGACAAGCGGAAGCGGGAGAAGGACGCCGUCAAGGGCAGCCAGGGCGCCGGCAAGGUGGAUGAGGAUCUGGACCGGAGCAAUGCGCCCGCGCCCUCCGCCGCCAAGGCGCAGCCGGCCAAGCCAAACUUGCCACCGCAGAAGAAGAAGGGCGGCAAGAAGUAGGGGCGGCAGGGCGGUGCUUGUGUGUGAAAGUACGAGGGAGGAAGGAAGGCAGGGGGUGGUGCUUGUGUGCGGCGGACCGUGGACGGCGUCCGCGAUGACAAGGUGGCGACAGCGGAGCACGCCUUCCCAGGGUUAUGGAGGGGUGUGAGGGAGGUGGUUGGCCGAUGGAGGCGUGCAAGGCAUUGGCGGUGCAGGCGGCUCUGUGAAGUGAUUUUGGUUGGAUGCAGGUGUUCUGAGUUGCAGGCUAAGCGUUGUCCAGGCUGUCGGUGCCCAAGUUUGAGGGCAAGGGAGUGCCAGGGGGUUGCCAGCCCUGUGCUGUGAGGUCUGACAGGCCGGUCCGAUGUGGGACAGCGCCCCCCGGAGGAGGGAUGCGCAUGCCGUGCAUCGACCACGCCCCGCUUCUGCUAGGUGUGUGAUGGGACAGGGUUCAAGGCAGGUUGUUCUGGCAGGCAGUUCUGCUAGGUCUGCUCACUGAGUCACUUCUC